AUGGGCCAAGAGACGCCAAUGGCGCCCACCCUCACCGAGUCAAUGACGGUGGCUUCAUACGUCGUGGACCUCGAGGUCAAGGAGCGUGUCCUUAUGGUACCCAAAUGGGCGGCGCGCCAAGUCGUGCUCACGGGCCAAACCCUCGAGGUUAUGGACGGCGAGAAGCUCAAGUUUGCGUGCAACACGACCUACUGCACGACGCGGCUGCUCGAGCCGCUUGAUUCGAGUCGCCUCUUCCCGUUCCAGCUGCUUGAGCACGGCAAAGUCAAGUUGACACUCAAUGCACCCACGGCGUCGGCGCGCGAGGAUUUUUUGUCGCACUUGGAAAAGUCGGUCGUCUCGGACACGUGGGCCGUCGAGACGAAGGACACGUGGGACUCGUUUCUCUCGGUCGCGGUCGCCAUCAACGAGAAGAAGGCGCUUGAAGGCAAAUUCCGCAUCAAGCCCUCCAACGUCUCGAUCCAGCAAGUGACGCAGCACAUGCUCGACAUGAAGGAGGUCUAUGACGUCGUUGCCGGCCUGCCGGACGUCGACAGUCUCUACGAGCUCUUCUUGGGUCUCGAGCGCGACUACAGCAACGGCGUCUUGGGCAACUUUGCGCACACUGUGCAUUUGCUGCACCCUGUCUUGUACAGCAAGGGGGUUAAAUCUGCACCCCCGCUCGUCGACAUUCUCACUCGCUGCCCCAGCCCUUCGUGCGGCGUGGCGCUGCCCCAGUCCAUGGUGUACCUCAUGCACAUCCGGAACAAAGCUAUCAGCUGUCCGACCUGCGGCCGCGGCAUCCUCUACGAGACGUACAAUCUCACCGCUUUCGUUGGGAGCCACCCGUCGUUCACGGUCAACUGCACGCUGCGGGAUAACCCCGUCGAGUACGUCGUGAUCGUGCCAGACGUGCCUCAGGACGGCGCGUGGGCAACAUUCCUGGUGCAGCUGCAGCACAACAUUGCUGCCGGUGCGGCCGCGGCGAGCAAAGCGGGCGUUGCCACCAUGCGCUCAACGAUCCGCGAUGCGGUCAGGGCGUACCGUCAGAACGCUCUCGGGCGCUUUCACCUCGACUUGGUCCAAGGCAUGUUCCGGCAGCUCGACUUUGUCAACAAAAUGUGCCCGCAUUUCGAGUACUGGACGCACCCGGAUGUGGUCGCCGCUUCGAUCACGCGCUACGACAAGUUUAUGGACCUCAUGGCGGUCAAGGACCGCGGUGUGAUUCUCGUGCCGACGUCGGACAUUGACUUGGUCUGGCACGCGCACCAGACGUCGCCGACCCAGUACGCAGCCUUUUGCCACAACCUGAUGUGGCGCAAGACGCUUCUCGACCACGACGACACGAUUCCCGGUGACGACCUCGCCAAAGGGUACGCCGACACCUUUGUGCUCUGGUCCCAGACGUUUGGCGAAGCGUACUCGAGCUUCCCGCCGAGCUACGAGGCGUGGGUCAAAGACAAGUCGACGGACCCGAUCACGCGCCUCGUGCUGCGUAAAAAGUGGGCCAAGCACGGCGCUGUACCUGCCAGAGACAACCGGUUCUUUGGCGUCAACGAAGCGUACCCGGUCGACGCGAUGCCGUAUGCGGUCGCUGUCACCGACGCCAACGCGACAAAGCCCGAGGGUGACGCGCCCUUGCCCGUCUACGUCACGGUGAUUGGCACGCCGGUCAUGGACGGCCGCGUGCGCCAGCCGUACUCGCGCCACACCGUCUUGAUGUACGACGCGGGUCUCCCUUACUACUACAUGCCCUACAUGUACGUCGGUGGCUGCGGCGGCUACGGCUACUACGGCGUCGGCGGUGGCUGUGGCGUCUCGGGCGAGGCGUACGCGGGCUGUGGCACGUUUGCGGGCGAUGGCGGCUGUGGCGGCGGCGGUGGCUGCGGUGGUUGCGCGACAGGCGGUUGUUCGACGGGCGAUGGCGGCGGCUGCGGCGGUGGCUGUGGCGGCUGCGGCGGCUAA